GAGUGCCUCCACCGUCUUCUUCGACCGCCAAAUCUCUCUCGUUUUGCUGUCCAUCUCUUUUUCCCACUUACGCCAUGUUGGUCUGAAGGAUCUGCUUCCUUCUUCUUUCCCCUUGUUAAGGGUUCGAAAGAGUACCUAAAGCCAGGCGUGGCAGGCCUUCCUCACAAUCAUUAUUAGCUGGAGUCGAGGAGCCGAAGGAAUCCAAUUCUGACAGAUUGGUGCCGGCUGUCGCUGGAAGAGGCAGUCGUUCUCCCUUUCUGAUCGUUCCUUUCAUUUUCGGCUCUUCCGAACAGGCAGAUAGGCCGACGAGAUCUUCCCACUGCCAUUUGGAGUUUCUGGAGUCCGGAAUCUCCUAGUCGUCAGAGACGGAGGCAUCUGCCGUUCGCAGCUCGAAGAUCCGAUCUUGGAGUGUUUUCUUGGGCUUGUAGGGUCGGUUUCACUGUUUUCUGGCGGAAAGUUGAGAUCUUGGCGGGUUUCUCCGCGGAACAAUCCCCAAGAGGCCACUGCAUUGGCCUUUUUUGAAUUCUUUAUCCCUGAAUACUUCCACAGAUCUCAGUCUGCAGAGAGAUAGGCUUCCAAUUCCAAGAUAGAAGAGGAGGCAGUGCGUCUGGUGAAAACUCCCAAGUGUCGGGUUGUGAGGAGGGGGUUCCCGAGGAGCCAUCGUCCUUUCCUCCUCCCGAUCUGGUGCCACUCCUGGGGGCUCACUCGUGGAAGUGGCUUGUCGUGGCCACCGUCUUUUCCAUCUUUGAAUCUUUGGCCCAUCCAUCAACAGAUCUUGGUUUGUCUUCCAAGGCUCCCUAAUUUUUUUUAAGAGGUGCUAGUCGUGUAUAAGAAGAUGCAGGGUGCUGCUCUUGUCGCCAUAGUUGCCUCAAUCGGUAACUUGUUGCAGGGGUGGGAUAAUGCCACCAUUGCAGGUGCUGUUCUGUACAUUAAGAAGGAAUUUAAAUUGGAAUCUGAGCCUACCAUAGAAGGACUAAUAGUUGCUAUGUCACUUAUUGGGGCUACUAUUAUCACAACAUUCUCUGGAGCAGUAUCAGACUGGGUUGGCAGGCGUCCCAUGCUAAUCAUCUCAUCAGUUCUCUAUUUUCUUAGUGGUCUAGUGAUGCUGUGGUCGCCAAAUGUCUAUGUCCUACUCUUGGCAAGGCUUAUUGAUGGAUUUGGGAUUGGUUUGGCUGUCACACUUGUUCCUGUAUAUAUCUCUGAGACAGCUCCAUCAGAGAUAAGGGGAUUAUUGAAUACUCUCCCACAGUUCAGUGGCUCUGGAGGAAUGUUCCUAUCGUAUUGUAUGGUUUUUGGGAUGUCACUAAUGGACAACCCUCACUGGAGAGUGAUGCUGGGUGUUCUCUCUAUUCCAUCCCUCCUUUAUUUUGCAUUGACGGUUUUCUUUCUGCCAGAGUCUCCAAGGUGGCUGGUAAGCAAGGGAAGAAUGGUAGAGGCUAAACGGGUUUUGCAGAGAUUGCGUGGAAGGGAAGAUGUCUCAGGAGAAUUGGCUCUUCUUGUUGAGGGUUUAGGGGUAGGCGGUGAGACUUCCAUUGAAGAGUACAUAAUUGGUCCGGCUAAUGAGCUUGCUGAUGACCAGGGUGCAAUUGCUGAUAAGGAGCAUAUCACAUUGUAUGGUCCUGAAGAAGGCCUUUCAUGGGUUGCUCGGCCUGUAAAGGGACAAAGUUCCCUUGCUCUUGUAUCUCGCCAUGGUAGCAUGCAAAAACAGCAAAGUGUGCUGCUGAUGGAUCCUGUGGUUACCUUAUUUGGGAGUGUCCAUGAGAAGCUACCUGAGAUGGGAAGCAUGCAAAGCACACUGUUCCCCAAUUUUGGAAGCAUGUUUAGUGUGGCAGAUCAGCAACACAAAACUGAGCAGUGGGAUGAGGAGAGUCUUCAACAGGAGGGUGAUGGUUAUGCAUCUGAUGCUGGUGGAGGCGAUUCUGAUGACAAUUUGCAUAGUCCUUUGCUUUCUCGCCAAACAACAGGCAUGGAAGUGAAGGAUAUUGCUCCACGGCAUGGAAGUGGUAUGAGCAUGAGGAGAAAUAGCAGUCUCCUGCAGAAUGGAGGAGAGGCAGUUAGUAGUAUGGGUAUUGGUGGGGGAUGGCAACUGGCAUGGAAAUGGUCUGAGAGAAAAGAUGCAGAUGGGAAAAAGGAAGGUGGGUUCAAAAGAAUCUAUCUACACCAAGAGGGUGUUCCUGGGUCAAGGAAGGGUUCCCUUGUUUCCCUCCCAGGAGUUGAAAUUCCUGAAGAUAGCGAGUUUGUUCAAGCUGCUGCUUUGGUAAGCCAACCUGCUCUUUUCUCUAAGGAACUUAUGGAUAAGCACGCAGUGGGGCCAGCCAUGGUUCAUCCAUCAGAAGCAGCUGCUAAAGGACCAAAGUGGGCAGAUCUUUUUGAACCAGGUGUUAAACAUGCUUUACUAGUUGGAGUUGGGAUCCAAAUACUUCAGCAGUUUGCUGGCAUAAACGGGGUUCUCUACUACACCCCUCAGAUACUAGAGCAAGCUGGUGUUGAAGUUUUACUGGCAAAUAUUGGUAUUGGUGCGGCUUCAGCAUCUAUCCUCAUUAGUGCUCUUACAACCUUGUUGAUGCUUCCUAGUAUUGGUGUUGCCAUGCGGCUUAUGGAUAUCUCCGGAAGAAGGUUUCUUUUGUUGUCCACAAUCCCUGUCUUGAUAGCUUCACUGGUUGUCUUGGUUGUGGCCAACCUUGUGGACAUGGGCACAGUAGUUCAUGCUGUGCUUUCCACUGUAAGUGUUGUUGUCUACUUCUGCUGCUUCGUCAUGGGAUUCGGCCCAAUCCCUAAUAUCCUUUGCGCGGAGAUCUUUCCAACACGAGUCCGUGGCGUGUGCAUUGCCAUCUGUGCCCUCACCUUCUGGUUCGGAGACAUCAUCGUCACAUACACACUUCCUGUUUUGUUGAAUAUGAUCGGCCUUGCUGGUGUCUUUGGAAUAUAUGCGGUCGUGUGCACCUUAGCUUUGGUAUUUGUGUUCUUGAAAGUUCCUGAAACAAAGGGCAUGCCUCUUGAGGUCAUCACAGAAUUCUUUGCUGUCGGCGCAAAACAAGCUGCACUUGAUUAAUGUGUUUUACUUAUUUCGAACGCGAAUGACAAUUGUCAUUAAAUCUUUAGGUCAUCUUCUUUGCUAGUUAGAAGAUUGAAAUUGUUAAAGCGAUGAGCUGGUUAGAGAGGAUAGGAUUGGGAUGAUUUGGAAAUGAAAGAGGGAUUGAACUUGAUUUGGCUAAAGGCACAAGCUGGGAUUCGAUUUAUGUUAAAUUUUAUAUGCAUUUACUUGGCUUUCUUUCGUCCUUUUUCUUCA